AUGGCACUGCCUUUGCCUUACAUGGGGCCAAGGAUUUACCCAGCUUGUUGUAAGUGCCGAGCAACCCAGCUGCCCGCACUGUACACCGGGGUUCAGGUGAUCCUUUCUGAAAGUGGCACGGGCAGGGUGUGGAUAAAGCCACGCACCCAGGCGAUGCCAGCUGUGGCUUCUGACAGCACGAGUGCUGCCGGGAGCACGGAGGGGCCUCGACUGCCAUCGUCUGCCCCAGUGACCUCCGUGGUGGCAGCUGCGAUGGCGACUCCUCUUUUGGCUCGCGUGUGCGCCCCACACCUGGAACAGUGUGAAUUAGGACACGGCAGCGCCGUAAACACCUGCGCAGCUGUGCGGUGGCGAGAGGCAGCCGAGGGCUGCUCCAGCUCCUCGCCGGAGGUUGUCUCAUUCCGGAGGGGCACGGACCUUGUCCCGCACCUCACCGGCAGCUUCGGGGCUGUCUUCUCGCAGCUCGUGGUUGUUUUCCAGGCCGGGAAGCCGGGGUGUCCGCGGCGGCUGCCGGCGGGCGCGGUGCGGGCCGCUAGAUGGCAGUGCCGGCCCGGCGGAGCGGCCGCGCCCGGCCCGGGGCCUGCUCGGAGCCCGGAGCUUCUGCCGGCACCUCGCGACACGUGCUCCAAUCCCUUUUUGUCCCCGCAUUCCCUACCUCGCCUGCCACAGAACCGUCAGCAAGCCCCCUCAAAACACGGCUUGAAGUCUCGGAGAGUUGUGUCUGAGGUGGAUUGUCCUCUGCCAGCUGGUGUUCCUAAGCUUGGUUAUCGCUUUACAUCAUCACACAAGUAUGUUCCCAGACGGGCUGUGCUCUAUGUACCUGCAGAUGAUGAAAAGAAGAUAAGAAAAAUCCCAUCACUAAAUGUAGAUUGUGCAGUGUUGGACUGUGAAGAUGGUGUGGCUCUGAACAGAAAGAGAGAAGCAAGACUGAGCAUCGUGAAAACCCUUGAAGAGUUUGACUUUGGCCAUGCUGAAAAGUGUGUCAGGAUAAACUCUGUGUCCAGUGGCCUUGCAGAAGAAGAUCUAGAGGUGCUUUUGCAGUCCAAGACCCUUCCUUCAAGCAUGAUGCUGCCAAAGGUUGAAAAUGUUGAGGAAAUCAGAUGGUUUUCAGACAAAUUCUUGCAUCACCUAAAAGGCCGAACACUUGUAGAACCAAUGAAUUUUAUCCCCUUUGUGGAAACUGCAAUGGGCUUGCUGAAUUUUAAGGCUGUCUGUGAAGAAGCACUGAGAACAGGAUCCCAGGCUGGCUUUCAUUUGGAUGCAGUUGUCUUUGGAGGAGAGGAUUUCCGUGCCAGCAUAGGUGCAACAAGCAGUAAGGAAACUCACGAUAUUCUAUAUGCCAGGCAAAAAAUAAUAGUCACAGCAAAGGCAUUUGGCCUUCAAGCAAUAGACCUUGUUUACAUUGAUUUCCAUGAUGAAGAUGGGCUCCGCAGGCAAUCGAGGGAAGGCGCCUCAAUGGGAUUCACUGGUAAGCAGGUGAUUCACCCCAACCAAAUUGCUGUUGUCCAGGAACAGUUCUCUCCAAGCCCUGAAAAAGUAAAGUGGGCGCAAGAACUGAUUUCUGCUUUUGAAGAACAUCAGCGAUUAGGCAAGGGAGCGUUUACUUUCCGUGGGAGCAUGAUCGACAUGCCAUUACUGAAGCAGGCACAGAACAUUGUUACACUUGCCGCAGCCAUCAGAAAAAAUGAGCUGGUAAAUGAAGCUCUCUCCAUGGGGCCCUGGUAGCUGUUUUAAAAGAUGCCUAUAAUACUUUGUGGGUGGGGAAGGGGGGUGUAAAAUUAAAGACGUCAGGCUUAAACAGAAAUUAAUUUCCACUUUGGAGAUCUGUCAUAGUUUGCUUGCCGGAAUUGCUAAUUAUGAAAACUAUUCCCAGCUCAAACCACUGCUCACUCCUGCAUGGCCCAUGUUCUACACAUAGCCUGCAUUGAAGUUACAUCAUCAAAUCUGUGACAUCACAGUAAUUACUGCAAAUGUGGGAGUAUGACUUCACUGAAGGAGAAAGGCAACACAUGAGCCCUGAGCUCUGUUAAAAGGGCAGAUGGAAACUAAUUCAAUUGUUUCUAUUUAUUUCUGUGCUUCUUCCUGCUCUGAUGCAGAGCUCCUC